UUGGGUGGUGGCUACGGAAGAGCGUCAGGAGCGAUGUCCGGCCGCGGGAAGCAGGGCGGGAAGGCGCGCGCCAAGGCCAAGUCGCGCUCGUCGCGGGCCGGGCUGCAGUUCCCCGUGGGCCGCGUGCACCGCCUGCUGCGCAAGGGCAACUACGCGGAGCGGGUGGGCGCCGGCGCCCCGGUGUACCUGGCGGCCGUGCUGGAGUACCUGACGGCCGAGAUCCUGGAGCUGGCGGGCAACGCGGCCCGCGACAACAAGAAGACGCGCAUCAUCCCCCGGCACCUGCAGCUGGCCAUCCGCAACGACGAGGAGCUCAACAAGCUGCUGGGCAAGGUGACCAUCGCGCAGGGCGGGGUGCUGCCCAACAUCCAGGCCGUGCUGCUGCCCAAGAAGACCGACAGCCACAAGGCGAAGAGCAAGUAAAAGUAAACCUGAGGAGUAUUCGCACCUCAAAAGUAACCCAAAGGCUCUUUUUAGAGCCACCCACUUUCUCAUAAAAGGAGCUGUAGAUCCUAACAAAAAAAAAAAUCGUAAAAACUGCCAUUGUCUUUGCUGUUGAAAACAAGAUA